CGAAUCCGUUCGCUUACAUUUUCUAAAUUCUUCUGUUUCAAAAGCUUCAUUUUUUUUCCGUUUCGGUUUCUUCAAGAACCCUAGAAGGAGCCGGAAACCCUAGAUUUCGAAGAAUUUGAGAGAUUUUUUUGGUUUCGGAUUUGGUGUUCUGUUGAAUGUGAUUUUUUUUUUUUUGUUUUGCUAUUGUUUUGAUGAGCGUCGUGGUGUUUUGUUUCAGUUGUUAGUGUUUUUUUCUUGGGGGGUAUCAAUGGCGGAUCGUAGAUUCUGCGUAGGGUAUGCUCUGGCUCCGAAGAAGCAGCAGAGUUUCAUCCAGGACUCGUUAGUGAGCCUGGCGGCGUCGCGAGGGGUCGAUCUUGUUCGGAUUGACACUGACCGGCCACUUCUUGAUCAAGGCCCAUUCGAUUGCAUUCUCCAUAAGUUUUACGGCGAGGAUUGGAGGAAGCAGCUGGUGGAGUUCAGAGCUAAGAACCCUAAUGCGUUCAUUUUGGACUCGCCGGACGCGAUUGAGAGACUUCACAACCGGAUUUCGAUGCUUCAGGUGGUUUCAGAGUUGAAGAUUGAUAAUCCGGAUGAAUCGUUUGGGAUCCCGAAGCAGAUUGUGAUUUAUGAUAAGGAGACGUUGUUUGAUCGGCAGGCGUGGGAGGGUUUGAAAUUCCCUGUCAUUGCUAAGCCAUUGGUGGCCGAUGGCAGUGCCAAAUCUCACAAAAUGGCGCUCGUCUUCAACCACGAUUGUUUGAACAAGCUUAAGCCUCCGAUAGUUCUGCAGGAGUUUGUGAACCAUGGGGGCGUUAUCUUUAAGGUUUACGUUGCUGGGCAAUAUGUGAAAUGUGUGAAGAGGAAGUCUCUGCCCGACGAGCCGGAGGAGAAACUGGGGAAUGUAGAGGGAUUGUUGUCGUUUUCGCAGGUCUCGAAUUUGACUACUCGUGAGAAAACUGAUGAUAAGUACUACAAGAUGAUGCAGCUUGAUGAUACAGAGAUGCCACCGUUGAGUUUCGUCACCGACAUCGCUAGGGGGUUGCGGCGCUCCAUGAACUUGAAUCUUUUUAACUUUGACGUGAUUCGGGACUCAAAAAUUGGGACUCGGUACCUUAUAAUUGACAUUAACUAUUUCCCUGGGUAUGCAAAAAUGCCGGGUUAUGAGAAGGUUUUGACCGAUUUUUUCUGUGAUUUAGCGCAGAAGAAAGAAGCAGUGAAGAAUUCUGAACAAGAAACGAGAAAGAUCGUCAGUGAUGAGGAUGAUGGAGGUCUAUCAGAUGACAGGGAAAACAAAGAAACCCCUGUUCAAGUUCAAGAUUGAACCAUUAUUUUGGAAGCCCUUCAUUCUCAAAACAUUUGGGUCGUUCUUCUCUGUUGCCGACUGAAGGGACAGCCCACCCGGUGACUACACUCACAUGUGUGUAAAACGAUAGAGUAAUGUGUUCAUGAUCGUGGGAAUUGCUUGGGGUGUUCUGUUUCGUUCCAUGAAUAUCCUUCUGCUGAUGGUUUCCCUGCUCACUUGGAAGUUGGAACGGACUUUGAAUCGAAAGUAUGUGACAUUUAUAUGGUUAAGACUGGCCUGUUUGAUUGAUAGAAAGGGUUCGAGAUCGUCCUAGAAAACGUGCAGGACCCGAAAUUGUUAAAGCAGUAAUGCUUCUAAUCUGAUUUUGCUUUGCUUUGCUU